AUGUCUUUAUUUUAUGGUAUCUAUACAGCCCUGUGGCAGCUUGUCACAUCAGAGGGGUUUCCUCCAAAGCCAGGGUUUGAGGAGAAGGAUGUUCCUGAUUUGUCUGGAAAGGUGUAUCUGAUUACUGGCGCAACUGGUGGUAUAGGGUUUGAGCUUGCGAAGAUCUUAUACUCCAAGAACGCAAAAGUAUACAUCGCCGGAAGGUCUGAAGAAAACGGGACCGCUGCAGUUAAUAAGAUCAAGGAAGAAUAUCCAAAAUCCGAUGGAGGAAUUGAGUUUCUUCAGCUAGACCUUAGUGAUCUUACAACUCUCAAACCUGCAGCCGACAAGCUUCUUUCACAGGAAAGAAGAUUGGACGCAGUAGUCCACAAUGCGGGUGUAAUGGCGACUCCAAUGAGCUGGAGAAGUGCACAGGGAUGGGAACUCCACUUUGGAACAAAUGUUCUCGGACCGUUUGUUCUCCAACGACACCUCCAGAACCUCCUUGUCGAAACUGUAAAAUUCGCACCAAAAGAUUCCGUGAGGGUUCUCUUCCUAUCUUCGAUAUGUGCGCAUGUUGCUCCGGCUGGUGGGAUCAAUUACGAAAACAUUGAGAACAAGGGCAUCCCGCCAUUGUCAUAUAUUCCUGGGGCCGAUACAUAUUUCAAGUAUGCCCAGAGCAAAUGUGCGAAUACUAUUUUAGCGAAGGGAUAUGCCGAGAAAUAUAAAGAUACGGGUAUUAUCGCGGUAUCGCCCAAUCCUGGGAAUUUAAAAACGGAUCUAAUGAGGCAUAGUCUUCCUUUGAAGCUUUUUGGCUGGAUGUUCUUAUAUCCGGCACGCUAUGGUGGUUUAACUGAACUAUACGCAACACUCUCUCCAGAAAUCGAUCAAUCCAAAAAUGGCUCUGUCAUCAUUCCAUGGGGUCGAGUAGGUCCGAUGCGGUCGGAUAUCGUUGAAAAUUGUAAUAGUGGAGGUGCUCUUAAAUUUUGGAAUUGGCUAGAGGAACAUACGGAAGGGUUUUGA